UGCUAUGCUUGUGAUCAGUAUGUGACAUCAUCUGUUACCUGUUUGCACAAGGUGAAUUUGCAAGUAAGAAAGUACUAAGGGAGUUGCCGUACUAAUGGGUUUGCAAUCAACAGUGAGAUUUUCCAAAGCCACGCUGAGCGUGUUAUGCAAAUGUGACAGCAGUGAGAUGUUGGUUUAUGGUGUGUCUACUUGGCAGGAGGGGAAAAUGUGUAACAGCCUUGUGGGAUGUAUGUGGUGAAGCACAAGAGAGUGUGUGUUUUUCAUCAGCACUGUUCUCCUGUAUAGUGUGCAUGUACAGUACAGUACAUGUUCUUUGGUACAAAUGUAAUAUUUUUAAGCAUGCCCCUAAGAAUGGUUGAUAGCCUGCAUCUCCAUAACCACAUUUUUCUCCAGAAAACACAGUUUUGAAGUAGAAAAACUGGAAUGUAACAAUGCUCAUAAAGUAACAUGUUUAAACACUGCUUGGCUUGAUUGUUCUGUAAAUAGAUUUGAGUUUUUGUGAGGUAUAUUCUAUAAACUUAAUGACAUAAAUGGUAGAAAAAAAGACUCAAAUGCUGUAAUGAGAUGCAAAUAGUUCAACAAGGACACAAAUGGGUAGUAAACAUCAACUGAAGGGACCACACCCAUAUUUUAAAUGGAGGGACAACAUAAAAAGGAAGGCUGCAAUCAAAGCCUUAGCUUCAUUUGGUGAACAUGAACAUAUUCAUCCUUUCUCAUGUCAAAUCUGUAACCAUGCCUCUGAUUUCACAUAUGGUAUAUACAGCCGUACACAGAGGCUAUGUCCUACAAUCAGAGGCUAUAGGGAACAAUGGCUCAGAAGAAAGUGAUGUCACCACAGAUUGCCCCCGUUGCAACAAUGUGUCCUUCAACCGUCCGGUGUCGUCGUGGAGAUGGGACAAUCACUCCACUGUCCCCGUCCCCCCAGAUAGGCUGUGGCCACCUACGGCUGCCUCUGUCCAUUCACAGGGACACAUGGGUGGUAUGUGGCCUUCCAGAGCCCACGUCGAUCAUCUCAAGGAAAGCAUUAUGUGACACGGGGGUCGUGCUAUCCACGCUUAGCAUUCUGGUCUGCUCUGGAUAGUAGCUGAUGUUACUAUUACCGCCGAGGGGCAGAGCGGGACGUGCUGCAUGAGUGUGCGAUGCUUUGCAUCGAGUGAGCCCCAAAACCCUUCCUCGAAUCUGGAUCAGGAAGACGAGCCUCUCCUCAAUGGGCAACACCAGCUUCACCGAGGGGAAGACUGCCUUAACCCUGGGCAACACCACUAUAAAGAGGGGAAAGUCCAAGCUUGCCUUGGGGGGCUCCUCCAUCUCAAGAGGCAGGAGCACAACAUCUCUGGGCUCCUCCACCAUCACCAGCGGGAAGACCAAGAUCGCACUGGGGGGUGCCUCCUUCAGCAGGGGCACCACCACCACCUCUUUUCGGAAAGCCCUCUUCCCGAAGCGCAAGACUCUCUAGAUGAAAGGGGAGUUCAUUGUGGGGUGGGGGGACUGGCACAAAAUGUCACAAUAAAGAAAAACGAGGCAUCACAGAGAACAUUUGGACAUCACUUCAGCGUCUGCACAGGGUCUGUUCCAAUUGAGAGACAAAACUGGAAUACAUUUAUUUUUGGACCUUUGACUUGUUUUGAGCCAUGCCGGAUUUAUCAAGGGAACAGUCUUGGCAUAACGGGCAGGAUCAGAUGACACAGGCAGACUCCUCACUGGCCGCAGCAUUGUGUAACACCAGCCAGUGCUGUUGUUUAUCAUCCUGGACUGUCGGGGGAGGCGUCCUGUACUGUACUGGAUCUGCAAAACAGCCACAAUAAAGAAUGCCGUGCGCUUUGAGAAAUAUUAAGACAUGAAAUUAGAAAAUAUGGCCCAAUAAAAAUAGACUAAAAGACUUUGAAAUGCAUCUUCAGUAGGGCGUGUCUCUCUCCCACCGGCCCCGUCUGUGAAUAGGCGUCCGGGCAAAGUGUUUCAUGGUCAGAGGAGGUGAAGAGGGAUUAAUGUGUGAUAAGGACAGUGAAGGCAUUGGGCUGAGAAGUGAUGAGAGUGUAAAGCAGAUGUUUGUGGGGCAAAAUGAAGAAUAACAGGGUGUCACAGAGAAAUUGUUGGUGGGAGAGUAGGCUGAUCCUAAGCUGAGAGAAUUUUUUUGUCAAACCUGCAUAUCACUGCUGUAAUUUCACAUACUUGAUGGUAAAAUAAGUGGGAAAUAGGGGAAAAUGCAAAAAAGGCUGCACAUAAUUUGAACUAAAAAACAUUGUCAUUCCAAAGAUUUGUUGUUAUUGUUUCUUUAAAAUGAAGCUGAGAGGUAGAAUGUGGCACCUUUUAAUUUUGUUUGAAAUCUGCACAAGACAUUUAUCCUCCUCUCCAGCCACGCCGGAGCUCAGACCUCAGCCAUUAUGCAGCACAUCACCACCCUCCCUGUUCCCUUUUGUUUACAGACAGCAGCAAAGAGAUAACACCUUACAUCAAGCCUGUCAAGACUCACUCAUAUUAUCUAUUUUUUCUCAGGUUCACCGUGUCCCCGGCAACACUGCUCCUCCUGUCGCUGACCACAUAGCCAGACAGAAGCAACAAAACAGUACAUUUUCAAUACAUCACAGAACCACAAGUCACCUGUAAGCAUAUUGCCUUGUGAUUGUUAAAACAAUAUUUUGGCUCGGAUAAAUAAACUAUAGAUGGAUGGAAAUUCCCAAUGACUAGAAAGAAAGCCUCAGCCCUGCCAUGUUAACAUAAACCUGUUGCUAGUGGCAACAGCAGAUCACGAUGACACUGCUGUCACCAUGGACAUGAUAAAUAUAUCACAAGUCGCCAUUAAGAAAAAGCCCCCUGAUUUUUCCUGAAGUGGUCAGGUAUUAAACAUUAAUGAAGCUUAAAUCUGUAAGGUCAAAGUUUAAAAUAUAAGUUUUGCACUGGUGAAAACAUUUGGAUAAACUCAAAAAUAGACAAUAGAGUUUAAUAGACAUUUUACACCUGACCUUACUUGUCUUCAUUUUAAAUAUUUUUUGUCUUAAAGUCCCUGAAACUGUUCCCUGUGGUGAUGCAAAUGUUUGAUCAGGUUUUCUUUUAUUAUACACAAAUGUCUAUUGCUGUGCAUAUGUGUUUCUAAUUCAAAUAGGUUCAUUCUGAUUAGAUGACACAAGGCACUGAAACAUUGAGCAGAUCUCUGUGCCUGUGCUGGUGACCCACAUUAUGCCAGAUCAUGUGAAUACACUUUUCUUUUCUUUUCUUUUUUUUAAAAGGACUCAUAUGCCAGUUUGUUUUGUUAUGACUUCCAUUAACAGACAGGGGAACAUGUGACAUUUCUGAAUCCCAAAUCUGAGCAUAAACAGACCUUUUAGCUGAAGAUCCACAAAAAAAGACAUACAACUACAUCCAACAAGUUGUGGGGAAAUGUUAAUCUCUGUGUGUGCCGAUGGUAUUUUAAACGUGUAUGAUGUGACACUGAGGGAAAGGAGGUCAGACUUUAUAUAUACACAAACAUUUAUAAGGGGAAAAUAAAGGCUUGGCCUGCACUAAUCUAGCACUAACGUCAGCUCAGUUACUGUGGCGAGGCAGCAGUUAAAGCUGUGGAGGUAAAUGUGUUUCAGCAGCAACACAGAGCCUGGAUCCUGUAUCCUGCACCAACAAGACGCCCAGUCUGCUUUAAUGCACAGCCACUGCUGAUUCAGGAUCUCUCUCCAAAGAGAUCGUACAAACAACCUUUGACUACUUGAAUCAACUCUGACCAGAAUGGCAUCAAAAAGAAAAACAUUUUUCUUUAAAGAGGUCAGGAACAUCAUGAAAGAUGCAGAUGCAGCGACACAGAGACGCGUGGAAGAAGAUGCCCUCCAACUGAACCUAAUCAAUGUCAUGUUGUUCAUUAGAAGAUGGAAAGAAAAUGUAGUAAGCAUUACUGAUGGAAAGCUGUUUAAGAUUUAUUUCUGUCUUGUCUUGUGUGUUUGUCAUUAAAAGGCUUAAAUCAUUAAAAUGGUCUUAGUAUGGUCAGGCCGACCUGAAAACAACAGUGUUUUUGUUCUCUCGCUAAUCUUUCUCUGUUUUGUACGUCCAUUGUGAUACUUUUCUUUCUUUGCAGGCAUGCUAUGUGUUUCAUUGUGUGUUUAGCUUUACUGUACCUGUCACUAAAAUGCAGACAGGACCUUGGGAUAGAAAGGUCCUGGAAUAAAAACGCUUGAUUGUUUGUCUA